UGUGUCACAACUGCUUCGAGCAUUGACACCUUUUGAAGUUUUGAAGCAUGGAGCGUAGAAUCCUCAGUGCUUAAAUCAUGGAGGAAGAAAACAAAUGAAGGAAUUUAGGUCCCCUACUUUUUGAUGAGUUCGCCCCACCCCUCAAACCUCAAAAUAAACGGCGCCCUCUUGUUUAUCAUUACAAAAAAAACAUGGGGCGAAUGGCGGCGGCGGCGACUAUGACAACGUAAACAUGAUGUUUAUUCGUGAAAUUUACAACUGGUAAGAUUGUGUGGUGGAUAAACUCGAUGUGGUACCAGUUCCUUAAUCUCAUAAAUACAGGAUUAUCUCUUCAACUCAAGUAAGAGAUGUCUAAUCCCUUGACCAAUCUUCGCAAGGCGAGGAAGACACCCCUGCCUGGAGUUCACCAGUCAGGACAAAGAGUAACACCUUUCAGAAACCCAACAGAUCUCUUUGAUGAAGAUGAGUCUCUACUUGAUGAGGUUUUGGGUCGUUCUUCCUCCAGGCAGUCAAGCGUGUCUACCUCUAGGAGUGACACAGUGGGCAACAGGACAAACAGACAUCUUCCUAAACUCACCAAAGAUGCCAAGUCAACUCCCUCGGACUAUGAUUUAAUGACCAGCAUGAUGAGUAGAAUUGCUCAAUUGGAGCUUAAGGUUCAGUUCUAUGCUAAAGAAGUCAUCGAGAAGGACAAGAAAAUCAACAUCCUGGAUGAGAAGGCGAAGCUCUUGCAGAAAUAUCAAGGAGGAGAAACAGGCGGAGAAUCUGAAAGAGUAAGAAAUCUGGAAAGAAAAUGUCAAUCACUUCAAGAAACCAUCAAAGACAUGGAGGAUUUUCUGUCUGAUUACGGGAUGGUGUGGGUUGGGACUGCUGAUACUGAGGGAGAGAUGAGCUCAGAAUAUGAUGAAAUAUCCAGCCCUGGGGAGGAGGUGUCUAGAAGUACUGGUAUGUGGAGACCGGGAGCAUCGGUUGCAUCAAGAGAGGGCCCUUUUCAUGUUGACUUUGAUCGCAUCGCCGAGAACAUCAAAGAGCUCAAUGUAGUUGCAGGGGACGGAGAGAAACGCAUCAGGCAUACGACGAGCGGGGCCCGCUUCGUGGCCCCUGAUCCGAUACCGCUAACACUUUAUGCUAACGGAAUCUUCAUGUUUAAUGGACCUUUUAGGUCCUAUGAGGAACCAACAACCCAGCAUUUAGUUCAGGACCUGAUGGACGGAUACUUCCCUGCUGAGCUUCAGGCUAGAUUCCCGGAUGGUGUUCCAUUCCAGUUAUUUGACAAACGGGAUACCAUCUACAAUGACCCACGUAAUAGAGAGCAGUUUCCUGGCACUGGUAACCAGCUCGGUGGGGAGAGUAAACCCUCACGACUGGUACCCAGCAGCUUAGACAAGGGUACCAGCAUGGAGAAGUCCUACACGACUAGCCAUGAUGGAAAGCCGGUGUACGAAACAAGCCAACCACCGAAGCCGAGAAUGUCAGUGGAUCAGUUUCUGAGUAAACUUCCCCCGUCUGUCAUGAAAGAUGGAAAAGUCAUCGAUGUCAGAGCAUCUUUAGCAGGAGACCUGAGGCAUGAUAGCUCACAGCCAGGAGUUACAAUCAUCGAUACCCCAGCCGUCCAAGACAUCCUUGACCGGGUCAGUAGUCGUCCUCAGUCCUCGGCCUCGAGGCCUCCAUCCGCCAGGAGUAGCAUCACAACCCUCAGAAUCAAAUCAGAGACCGGGGAGCAUACCUUCAUCGUCAAGAUGCGAUUCACGGAUACGAUAGGCGACGUUAGGAGAUAUCUAGACGCAAACAGGAGUCAUGAUUCUGGGGAGUACAAAAUAGUUACGACAUUUCCGGCCAGGAUUUAUGACCAACAAGGAUUGACGCUUGAAGAGUGUGGCUUGACCCCGAAUGCAGCACUCCACCUUAGAGUGGAUAAAAAGUAGCAAUAUCUGAUUAAAGAACAAUCGUUUAUGAAGUACUUGCGUCGGCAGCACCUCAUCACCUCCUUUGCCAGAGUCUCUCUGAGAUGAUGAACCAACCUCCUGGGCCAUUAAGCGGGCCUUGUAAAUAACAUUGUUUUAAUCUUGAGAGGGGAGAACGCUUUAUAGUUUCUAAUUUAUUAUGUAAAUAUUUUUUUGUAUAAAGGAGAUUAUGCUCACUACCUAACUCACACCCCCAAGACAAAAAUAAUGUCUGAUAAAAAUGCUGGAAAAAUUGUUGCUACUGUCUGCAUGUCUAUGCACUGACACUUUUACAAGUUAACUCAGAAACGGUUUAUCACUUUGCCACCAGAAAAUAAACCACAAGGGAAACUGACUUGGUAAAUUUGUAAUGAUUUUGGGGUUGAACAAAGAAAAAGUGAUU